UUUGGGAACCCGAGACUCUUAAAACGGCAGAGCAACUUUUUCCAGGAAAGAUGACAGACCAGAUGUGCACCUUUCUUUUCAAAAAGCCUGGGCGAAAAGGGGCUACAGGUCUCAGAAAGCGCCCGAUCUGCCACCAAGAGUCCGGAGACGGCAGCAGCAGCAGCGAUGAAGGCAGCGCUGUGGUUAGCCGGAAAAAGAAGCGGGCGACCCACAAUCCGAUGAUACAGAAGACCCCUGGCAGUGGUAAACAGAAGGCAGCUUAUGGUGACCAGAGUAGCCAGGAGGAGGAGAACGAGCCCGAGAGUCUCGGCGUGGUCUAUAAGUCCACUCGCUCAGGGAAACCCGUGGGGCCAGAGGAUAUGGGUGCGACUGCUGUCUACGAGCUAGACACAGAGAAGGAGCGCGACGCACAAGCCAUCUUUGAGCGCAGCCAGAAGAUCCAGGAGGAGUUGAGGCACAAGGAAGAUGACAAGAUCUAUCGGGGAAUCAAUAAUUAUCAGAAGUACAUGAAACCCAAGGAUACAUCUAUGGGCAAUGCUUCCUCCAAGAUGGUGAGGAAAGGCCCCAUCCGAGCUCCCGAGCAUCUGCGUGCCACCGUGCGCUGGGAUUACCAGCCCGACGUUUGUAAGGACUACAAGGAGACUGGCUUUUGCGGCUUUGGAGACAGCUGCAAAUUCCUCCAUGACCGUUCAGAUUACAAACAUGGCUGGCAGAUCGAACGUGAGCUUGACAAGGGUCGCUAUGAUGUCCAUAAGGAUGAAAACUAUGAAGUGGGAAGCGAUGAGGUGUAAAUACCGUUCAAGUGUUUCAUCCGUCGCCAGACCU